GCGACCAAGACAAUCAACAGCGGAACCAACCAUACACAAACUCAACCGAUCUAGACACCCAAAACCGAACACCGACAGCGAGGCUGAGGUUCAUCCAGGUGAAUCUCCAGCGUUCUAAGCUGGCUACGGAGGAACUCCAUCUGGCGGCUCAGGAAAAAGGGAUUUCAGUUGCACUAGUUCAAGAGCCCUACGUAGGAAGAAGCGGUGUAAUGAAACAGAAACCCGGCACACAAGUCAUCCAGUGCACCCUGAACCGACAAAAGCCAGUCAAGGCAGCGAUCGUUAUCUUCGGGAACAAUCUCGAAGUUAUCCACGACCCCCAACUCGUGUCCGAGAACGUCGUUGCCGUAUUACUUAAGGCCGGCCCGUACAACUUUGGAGUGCUGUCGGUGUACUACGAAGGCGAUCAGGAUCUGGAUCCAUACCUUGACGACACUCAACAUAAGAUGCAUCUCCUGAAAACAAAUAACAUACUCAUAGGCGGGGACGUGAAUGCCUGGAGUCAGUGGUGGGGAAGCGUCUCCGAAAACCAUCGCGGAGCGUUAUACAAUGCGUUCCUAAACGACCGGGAUCUCCACAUCCUGAACAUGGGUCAAACACCGACCUUCGAGGUUUAUAGAGGGGACAGGUGGUGCACCAGUGUCGUCGAUGUAACGGCAUGCAGCCUGUCCAUGCUCGACAGGGUCGAAGAGUGGAGAGUGGAAAGAAGUCUAACGACCUCAGACCACAAUGCUAUUACCUUUUCGGUGCGUUUGGAAAAGGCUUUGGAACCUUUAAGACCGAUCACCACUCGCAUCUAUAACACCAAGAAGGCAAAAUGGUCCAACUUCACCUCCCACUUUAAAGCCAGCCUGGCUGAAAGCGCCAUCACUCCAGCCAGCAUCUCGGGAGUCACAAACCCAAUGGAUUUGGAGACCAUAAUCACCAAAUACACUAACAACAUUCACCGGUCGUGCGAGGAAGCGAUCCCGAAACUGGGGUCAUCCAAACGCGACACCAGACCCCCGUGGUGGACCCCUUCUCUACACCGUCUUCAAAAAGACGCGUUGAGAAAGAAGAGAAGGAUUCGGAACGCGGCACCGGCUCGGAGACAAUUCGUCAUCCAGGAAUACGUGGCUGCUAAAAAUGAGUACACAACAGCAGCAGAGGAAGCAGCCACGGCCAGUUGGAAGGAGUUUUGCAGCAAACAGGACCGGGAGAGCAUGUGGGAUAGCAUCUACAGGGUGAUAAGGAAGACAGCCAAAAGACAGAACGACGCUCUCCUUCGCAACACCAAAGGAGAGACGCUCAGUCCGGUAGAAUCGGCUGAACUCUUGGCUAAAACCUUCUACCCGGACGACUCAACGGAUGCCGAACAGCCAUAUCACAAGGCGGUGAGAAGGCUAGCGGAGGAAAUAAAUCCACAGGGAUUGUCCGCCGAUGAUCCCCCUUUUUCGAUCGCGGAGCUGGAAAUGGUUCUUCAAAACCAAAAUCCGAAAAAAGCCCCCGGCCCGGAUGGCCUAACGGCGGACAUCUGCACAGCAGCGAUCGACUGUGACAGGGAGGUAUUUCUGGCAAUAGCCAAUAGGUGUCUGUCGCUACCACACUUCCCAAAACAAUGGAAGACCGCCCACGUGUGCAUCCUUCGCAAGCCAGGCAAAGAUGACUAUACCAACCCAAAGUCGUACAGACCAAUAGGUCUCCUAUCGGUCCUGGGAAAAAUAGUAGAAAAACUUCUGGUAGGCAGACUCCAGUGGCAUUUCCUCCCCAAACUCAACAAGAACCAAUACGGCUUCAUGCCACAGCGCGGAACCGAGGACGCCCUCUAUGACCUCAUGGCGCACAUACGUGCGGAAAUCAAAGCGAAAAAGAUCGUGCUCCUGAUAUCAUUGGACAUAGAGGGGGCCUUCGACAAUGCCUGGUGGCCAGCACUUAAAAAACAGAUGGUAGUCAAAGGCUGCCCCAAAAACCUCUACAACCUCGUCAACUCAUACCUAAAAGACCGAAACAUCGCGAUUAAUUACGCCAGAGCGACUAGCGAAAAGGGUACCACCAAGGGAUGCGUACAGGGCUCAAUAGCCGGACCGACGUUCUGGAACCUUAUCCUGGAUUCGCUACUUCAAAAAGUGUCUAGUAGGGGGAUACACUGUCAGGCCUUCGCAGACGACGUUGUCCUGGUAAUCUCAGACCAUACGACCGGUCCCCUGCAACAAGCUGCCAACGAAACACUAGACAUUGUAUCGGAAUGGGGUGCUCAAAAUAAGUUAAGAUUUGCCGCGCACAAGACCAACGCGAUGGUGUUAACCAAAAAACUUAAGUACGACCUUCCGGAACUAUACAUGUCGGGCACACGGCUGAACCUAGUCCAAGAAGUCAAGCUGCUAGGUUUAAUAAUAGAUCAUAAACUCACAUUCAAUGCGCACGUAUCCGCGACUUGUAAAAAGGCAGCGGACAUAUACAAACAACUUGCGUGUGCGGCGAGGGUGACUUGGGGUCUGAACAGAGACAUAAUAAGAACAAUAUAUGUGUCGGUGGUGGAGCCCAUCGUGAUGUAUGCGGCAAGUGCGUGGGCGCCCGCAGCUGAAAAACUGAUGUCAAGAAACCAGUUUGACUCAUUGCAGAGGGGCUUUGCGCAAAAGAUCUGCAAAGCAUAUCGCACGGUGUCACUGACAUCGGCACUUAUUCUGUCGGGCCAACUCCCCCUAGAUCUCCGGGUAAUUGAGGCCGCCACCCUAUUCAAGAUCAAGAAGGGUCAUUCCCAGGAGUUUAUACCGCCGGGUCGCGAACUGGAAAGGAACGUCCACCCAUCUAAAAAUCCCCACCCAGCGAUACUCAUAUCAACAGAUUAUGCCCGCGUAGAAGACUGGACUCCUGAAACUCUGGAGACCCAUAAAAUUUCCGGCCCCCAGAUAUACACCGACGGCAGCAAAAUUGAGGGGAAAGUCGGAGCUGCCCUAACUUGGUGGGAAAAUGGAAAAGAGUCCAGUUUCAGAACCUUCGGCCUGGAGCCUCACAACACUGUCUUCCAAUCUGAAAUGUACGCUCUCUUCAGAGCCGUCAGGUUGGUAAGAGAAUCGAAUGCGGCCUCCGUGAGCAUCUUGAGUGACUCAAGAUCAUCGCUCGACCUGCUCAGGAGCCCGGUGGCCACUCACAACCUGGCACUAGAAAUAAAGAAAAGCGUCCGAGAAAUUAGGCAGGAGGGCAGGGAGGUGAGGUUCUUCUGGCUCAGGGCCCACGUGGGGACCGAGGGGAACGAGAGAGCGGAUGAGCUGGCCAAGGAGGCAGCCCUUACAAAAGAGACAGCCGACUACACGAAGGUCCCGAUAUCGUACGUGAGGGGGAAGAUACGAGAGAGGACAAUACAGAAGUGGCAAGCGCGGUACGAAACCUCGAGCACAGGCUCGGUAACAAAAGUGUUCUUCCCGGACGUCCGAGAGGCGAAAAGGAUACUCGGGGACACAGUCCUCACACCGACCCAUGUGCAAGUCCUCACAGGACACGGAGGAUUCUCAGCGUACCUCCAUCGAUUCCAUCUAAAGGAUAGUCCUUCUUGCGUCUGCGACUCUGCUUGCGAGGAAUCGGUGUGGCACCUGCUCUUCGAGUGCCCAAGGUUUAGCCCGGAAAGAAUGGAGCUGGAAAUAAAGAUCGGUAUCCAGCUAGACCAGUCCACACUCCAUACCAUCAUGGGGAAACUAACAACAAGGAAACCAUUCUUAGCAUUCGCGAGCAGAGUGGCUGUCAUCGCGGCAGAGGCGAACAAGACAGAUGCAUCCUUCCGCGGUCGGAACAGACUACCACCGUCAAACACCCCACUUACCACCACACAACAACCAGCAACCGCAUCAGUAAAUGCAACGCACAACGCAGCAACUGCCACUGUUGUCCCACAAACAACCACAACACAACAGACCGAAACGUCAACCACCUCAACCACUGGUAACCUACAAACCACUGCCACUACACAUACAACAACACAACAAUCUGCAGCAUCAGCGGCAGCAGCAGCAGUGGUGGAGCCUAGCCCGCAGCAAAACCCUAACUCCAUGUCAAUCGCACACCUCUUGGCAUGUGGGGGAGAUGGCGUCCCAGGAAUCAGACUGCGGGGCGUCGCCCUCUUUAUGAACAGAGAGGGAGAAAGGCUGGGCAUAAGCUACUGCAUCGGUACAAGCCGUCCAAGGGCCCGAAUAACAAUAUCACCGGGCCUUGCCGCCCUGAUCAACGGAAGCACCACCAAAUCAACCAUCAAAGGCAGCAAAUAUGCAGCGCUGCCACAAGUGGAAGUGGCUACUCACCGAUGCCGCUUAAUGCGACACAAAGGUAAGACGAUCGCAUUAUUCGAGUGGGGGGUGGAGACUCCAUUUGCACAGGCGAGCUCAUUGCUUCGACAGAUCGGUGAGGCAGGAGGAGACCCAGCAUUCACAGCCCGCACCAUAAGCGUGGACGCGAUGGCAGUUGGGGGGGAGAGGGGCGAGGUCGCGGACAGGUUUGGCUGUUUAAAAGCCUCUGAACACCACGAGGUAGUAGUUUAUGAAGAUAGAGGGGAAACUCUAAGUUUCCUCAAAGCCCCCAGGAGACUAACAGCAUGCGCAGCAAGCCCUUCAACCCCAGCCACUCAAAGCGGAUCCGAGCGGGCCCAACAGAAGGCAGCCGCCGAUAAAGCUGAGCAGAAUAAAACCAGAUGCCCAGAAGAUCGGGUGCAGUCGAGGAGUCGCCUGAAAGUUUUCGGCACCUUCCUUAACACUCUGCUUCCUACCGCAACCCGCAACUCAAACAAGCAAGAAACAGCCGUAGAGAGGUUCUUCUCCAGAAUCGCUAAACCACCCACACAGCCAAAGCCCACACCAACCAGAGCUGAUAAAGGGCAAGUCAGCCCGCCGAUACUCGCCCUAAAUUCGGGAGUCACGGAUCACGUGAAGAGCGCCUUCCUCGAGUAUGUAGCUGUCGUGAGAGCGACCAGAGAAGUCAAUCUUGCGACAUGCAAAAAGAUCAUGCAGACUUUCAGAAGAGAGACAGAAGGACUCUUAAGGGUGCUGCUCGAGGAGGCGGGGGCUGCGGUGUACGACAACUCCAGAUCCAUAGUUAUCAAAGGGGAAAUGGAGGGGUCGUACAUGGCGGCCUUUAGCGAGAGUUGUGGAUUCGUGUACCUGGACACGGCCGAAACGGACCGCUUGGGUAAAAUUAAAUUUAGUGCACCCGAAGAUGACCCAAUGGUGGUUACCGCCAAAUGUACCAAAGUCAUGUUGGAAGAUAGGAUCCUCGCAAUGGCACAGACCAUUUUAGAAAAUCAGGACAUCCAAGCAUCAUCAGGAAGUUGGGUGGUACCCAACAUCAGGUGGGUCAACGGAGUGCCAGGCUGUGGCAAAACAACUUGGGUGGUAAAGAACUUCGAUGGGGAGAGGGACGUUGUAGCCACAACGACAACCGAAGCUGCCAAAGAUCUGAGAGAAAAGCUUGCGCGCCGCUUAGGUGACAAAAUCAAUACUAAGGUGCGCACUAUGGCCUCAAUAUUGGCGAACGGGUUCAAGAACCAAGAAAAAUGUUACCGGUUAACUGUGGACGAGGCUCUCAUGAACCACUUCGGGUCUAUAGUGAUGGCGGCCAAGUUGUCCGGAGCAAGCGAACUUGUCCUCAUUGGAGACAUUAACCAGCUUCCGUUUUUGGACAGGGAGAACCUAUUUCAGCUACGGUAUACUCGUCCGGAUCUAGUGGCUGGCAUCACCCAGGAACUGCUCUGCACUCAUCGCAACCCUAUGGAUGUAGCAUACACCUUGAGCGACAUAUACAGCGGAAUCUACGCCUCCAAAUCAUCGCUGUCGCAGGUCCACUCCCUGAGCGUGAGAGGCUACACGGGGGCGCAAAUCCAGGCUACUGCCAAAAACACCCUGUUUUUGGUUCAUACGCAGGAGGAGAAAACUUCUCUUGUGAACAAGGGAUAUGGGUCUGGAGAGGGAUCGCGCCUCAUGACUAUACAUGAGGCCCAGGGUUUGACCUGCGACAGUGUGAUUAUCAUUAACACCAAGUCGAGGAGGCUCCAGGUUCACAAUAGCGUAUCACACGCUGUGGUGGCGGUGUCAAGACACACGAACAGCUGUGUGUAUUAUUCUGAUGAUGCCGAAGACGCCAUAGGCCGUUUCGCAAAGAAAGCGAUGGAUGCGCCGACGAAAACGGUCGUCGACUACAACUUAAAAACGGCCAUGCAACAUCGGGACGCCAGCGUCAUAGAACCUCUGCUGAAGCUGGCUGAGUCCCUGGCAAAAAGACAAACAACUUGACAUCCUUUCUCCUCCUCUUUAGUAUAAAAUCAAAUUGUAACUGCGCCACAGAGUUUGUCGAUCACACUCAUUCGAGGAUCUGAACGACACUCUCUGCCACGCAGACAUUGUCCUCUAGAAUUAAGAAGUGGUAUUUUUAGUGGUAGUAUAAGCAUGAAAUAAAGUUAAAAAAAAAAAAAAAAAAAAAAAAAAAAAAAAAAAAAAAAAAAAAAAAUUGGACUCACGUAGAUUAAUAAGUUUAAUUUUAAGAAAAAGAGCCGAACACAAUAAUAUUGUAACCAACGCAAUUAUAAUUCUAAUAAAUGCAUGAAAAAGGGCGCGGACGACAUGUCUGCGGAUUGUUUGUUUAUUUAAAAAAAAAAAAAAAAAAAAAAAAAACCUAACCUAACCUAACCUAACCUAACCUAACCUAACCUAACCUAACCUAACCUAACCUAACCUAACCUAACCUAACCUAACCUAACCUAACCUAACCUAACCUAACCUAACCUAACCUAACCUAACCUAACCUAACCUAACCUAA